AUGCAGCAUGCUGCGCUCCUCAUCGCCGUGGCCAACAGCAGCAGCAGUGGCGAUGGUGGCACCGGGACUGGCGUGGCUCGCUACCUCUCCUCCUCCCUCUGGUCCACCAUCUUCAGAAACAUCAACAACUUUGCAUGCACUGGGGCAGGUUUUUAUACUUAUGAGGCCUUCAUCGCAGCAACCAAGGUAUACCCACAAUUUGCCAACACAGCGGAUGAUGACCUCAACCGUCGCGAGCUGGCUGCCUUCCUAGCACAAAUCUCUCACGAAGUUACCGGCGGGCCCGCUGAAAACAAUCUGUAUGAUUGGGGCCUGUGCUGGAAGGUGGAGCUUUGCGUCCAGGCCGGCAACGAUGCCGCCUGUGCGUCCUACUGCGACCCCACCACCUAUCCCUGCAAAGCGGGGAAGAAGUAUUACGGGAGGGGCCCCAUCCAGCUCAGUUGGAACUACAACUAUGCCCAGGCGGGCCCUGCCCUGGGCCUAGACCUGCUCAACAACCCCGACCUGGUGCAUACCAACGCGUCUGUGGCCUUCCAGACAGCCCUCUGGUUCUGGAUGACGCCCCAGGACCCCAAGCCCUCGUGCCACGCGGUCAUGACCGGCGGGUACACGCCGUCAGCUGCCGACAUCUCUGCUGGCCGGGUACCUGGCUACGGUUUGACCACCAACAUCAUCAACGGCGGCUUGGAGUGCAACCAGCCCACCACCCCGGCGGUCUGGGACCGCAUCAACUACUUCAGCCGAUAUUCCGCGCUGUUGGGCACCACAAUGGGGACCAACUUGGAGUGCAGCAACCAGCGAUGGUUUGGAUGGUGA